GGCCGGCUUCUGUGAGGCGGGCGGCGGGCACUACCCCUACCCCGCCGGGCCCCGGGCAGCCGUUGGCGGGCAGUGAGGGAAAGCCGGAGCUUUCAGUCACAAUGAGACGCAGUUCAAGUAUUGCCGGAGGCAGUGGUCGGCAGUCUAUGAUGGCACUGAGAGUGCAGGACAACAACAAGAUGGGUCUUCAAACACCUCAGAUGAAGGACAAAGGUACGUUUGGGAAGCUGAGCAUGAGCAAACCUACACCUGGAACUUCAGAAAGAAAAGUCAGCUUUUUUGGGAAGAGAACUAGUGGGGCUGGAGGUUCUCGCAACAGUCAGUAUGGGGUGUUUGGUACAGAAAAGAUCAAAGAUCCCAGACCCCUUCAUGACAAGGCUUUCAUCCAACAGUGUAUCAAGCAGCUUUGUGAGUUUCUUGCAGAAAAUGGUUAUGCCCAUAAUGUUUCCAUGAAAUCAUUACAGUCUCCAUCAGUUAAGGACUUUUUAAAAAUCUUCACUUUCAUCUAUGGAUUUCUCUGCCCUUCUUAUGAACUGCCUGACUCAAAAUUUGAAGAGGAAAUUCCCAGAGUUUUUAAAGAGCUUGGAUACCCCUUUGCUUUGUCAAAAAGCUCCAUGUACACAGUGGGAGCACCGCACACAUGGCCUCAAAUUGUGACAGCUUUGGUUUGGUUAAUUGAUUGUGUCAAGCUGUAUUCCGGCAUGAGGGAAAACGCACCGUCGUUUGACGAUGGACAGAACUGGGGAGGAGAGACAGAGGAUGGAAUUGUACAUAAUAAGGUUUUCAUGGACUACUGUGUGAAAUGUUAUGAGCACUUCAUGAAAGGGAGUGAUACUUUUGAAGAAUUGGAUGCAGAAGUGCAGUCAAAAUUAAAGGAUUUAUUUAAUAUAGAUGAAUUCCAGAUAGAAGGCUUAAUGGCUGACAACAAGAGACUUCAGGAAGAGAUUGCAAGACUAGAAAAAGAAAAGGAAAAUGAGCCGGACCGUAGAGUAUCACUACGAAAUGUCAAAUCAUCUCUUCAAGCAGAUGUCCAGAAAUACCAGGCUUAUUUGGCUAAUCUGGAAUCACAUAUAGCCAUCCUUGAUCAAAAAAUGGAAGGUGUUAACGAGGAAGUUGAGACAGCAGAAAUGGAAGUAGAAGCAAUGAAGCAGGAGAAUGCCCGGCUCCAGCACAUCUUUGAUAACCAAAAGUAUUCAGUUGCGGACAUUGAGAGAAUAAAUCACGAGAGAAAUGAGUUACAGCAAACUAUUAACAAGCUGACUAAAGAAGUGGAAGCAGAGGAACAUCAGCUGUGGAAUGAAGAACUAAAAUAUGCUAGGAAUAAAGAGGCGAUAGAAAUGCAAUUAGCAGAGUAUCAUAAACUGGCUCGAAAGUUGAAAUUAAUUCCAGUAAGUGCUGAGAAUUCCAAAGGGCAUGACUUUGAGAUUCAGUUUAAUCCUGAGGCAGGACCAAGUUGCCUUGGCAAAUACAGAACUCAGAUCAAGGCUCCCCUUAUGGAGAUCAUAAACCAGACUGAGGAAGAAAUUAGGAUUGCCACUCAACGCAAAAUGACUUUGGAAGAUACUUUGGAACAGGUGAAUGUAAUGGUAGUGGACAAGAAAAACAGAGUGAAAAUGCUGAAAGAAGAAGUUGAAAAGCUGGAUGAACUUUACCAUCAGAAACUUAAGGAGGCAGAAGAGGAAGAGCAAAAAUGUGCAAAUGAACUGGAACUGUUAGAGAAACACAAGCAGUUACUUGAGAGUGGUGUCAAUGAAGGUCUUAGUGAAGCCACAAAUGAGUUGCAUGAUCUUCAACGACAAUAUCAAGUUGUUAUGCAAACAACAACAGAAGACAGCAGAAAAACUGGUGAUAACUUGAAUCGUCUUUUAGAAGUAAUUGCUACACAUGUAGUAUCUAUUGAGAAAUACCUUGAUGAACAGAAUGUGAAAAUUGACAGAGACUAUGAAGAAUUCAUGUCUGAAGAUCUGUUGUCAAGCUUGACCGGAAUUCUGGACAGUUAUAAAAAGAAGCUUGAAAGUCUGUAAUUACCAAAAAGGUGAAAAUGGAAUUUUUGCAUUUUGGAAGUUCUGACAUGGAGACUUCUAAAAGGAUGGGUACUUCCUGUGUUUAGCAGUGAAACUGGUUUGAAGUGCAAGGAGAUGUUUAUGAAGUUUUGUUUUAUUGACACAAAUACAUUAAAGAA